AUGGCGGACACUACCUCCGCCACCGCCGCGCCCACGGCCAACGGCACCGCGGCUCCGGCAGGCGGCACAAGCACAGGGGGCGCGAAUGCGCCCGCGGACCAGAACGGGACGAAUCGCGGGCUGCCAUACUAUGAAAAGCUGCGACGGGAACUGCGAGACUCAUUGCAGAAGAAGCGAUUGAUGGACAAGACCAUGGCUCAACUCGAAGACCAAAUCUUCCGCUUCGAACAAUCCUACCUCGAAGAGACCACAGCCGGAAACAUCAUCAAAGGCUUCGACAACUACAUCAAGGGCUCAUCCAGCGGAAGCAGCCUCGGCGCGUCGGGGCUGGGUCUCUCUUCGAGUGUGGGUGGGCGGCGGAAAGCCCAAGUCACCGAUUCAGAUCGGGUCUUCUCGCGCAGCUCUGCAAGUUACAUGGUCGACUCCCCCGGUCCGUCCUCUGCACAAACCACGCCGUCCCACGCAGCCACGCCGACGUCCACGCCUGGUGGAAAUAUGUCUUCUUCCAAGAAUAACGGCGAUGUGUCUUCGACUGCCUCGGGUAUGAAAGCCGCGGCGGGGUCGUCGAAGAAUAAGAAGAAGGGUGGCGGCGGUGGGUCUAAGAAUACGAAGGGGAAAGCUUUUGAUGAUUCAGAUGAUGCUGGGGAGAAGCCGCCUGUUAAGCGCUUGAAGAUCAGCUAUGGGAGAGAUUGA